UGCUACGCUACGCUGCGAUUACGCUCUCGCUCGGACAGGACAGGACUGGCCACGCGCGAUCGAGCGAGCAUCAUCAAUUGGCAAUCAACGCAAAUUCCAUUCUCUCUCGUUCUCGUUCUCGUUCUCCGCUUCUACUCACUCGUCCCUCCACACAAACCCCACUCGCUCGCUCGCUCGCUCACAAUUCAUUUCCUCAACCGCAGACGACGACGACGACGACGACCCAGUGACGACACAACAGCACACCGCCAGAUUCUACGUUGCCCGCCAGAAAAAGAAAAAAAAUAUAUAUUAUUUUUUUGCCAAGUCUGCCUCUCCCAUUUCACGAUCUCAUCUUUUACAACCUAUGUUUCUUGGUUUUCUUUACUUAGAUUUUCGCUUCUUCAUUUUUCCUCUUCUUUCCCAGAUUUUACGCUAUUCCACGCCCACUUUAACCACUGCUCUCUGCAAUUCUGGUUUCCUCUCUUUUGCUCUUUUAUUUUUGUUUUCAUUUUUAUUUUAGGGUUUUGUCGCUGAAUUAGGGCUUCUGAGGGAGAAAUCUUUCGGAUCGUUGAUUAGGGUUGCUCAAGGUCGAGCUUCUCUACUUGUAUGAAGAUUUGGUGCUUUCCUUGUUUAUGCUUUGGAGAAAAAGAGGAAGAUCACGUUGUUAAUACUACUAGCAAUUCACAAUACUUUCAAUCUAGUUCGAAACGGAAAGAGCAAAUGAGGGGGUUCGGUUUGGAAAGAGAGAGGGGGGAAAUGGGGAAUGAUGAUUCUGAAUUGUUCUGGGCUACCCUUCCCGAUGGUCGUGGAGGCGAUGAGGAGGAGGGAACAGGACUACAGUUGAGUGACGACCAAAGUGAGGAUUUCUUGAGUCUGGUGGAAGAUGCCGAGCCAAGAUUGACUGCCACUGGUGCUAGUGGAAGCCAGGGGCUGAAAGUGGAUGUAAAUUUAAACCUGGGUUUGGGUGCUGGGCCUUCCACUUCAUCAUCUGCUACUGGAAGAGAGCCUCGUUGUCUAGACACACAGAACAAAAGGCCCAAAGUUCAUUCCUUAUCUCUUGAUUGGAUGACUAGUUUUGAACAUGAUUCUCAUUAUGCUGCUCCAUCGAAUGAAACGGUUGGUGAUGAGAGCUUUCAAGAUGUUGGUGUAUCAGGAAACAUCUAUAGAAGCAACAAUGAUACUGUGAAAAUGGAUGAUACGGAAUUGAGGAUGGAUCUCACUGAUGAUUUAUUACAUAUGGUUUUCUCCUUUUUGGACCACAUUGAUCUUUGUCGUGCAGCAAGGGUUUGUAAGCAAUGGAAAGAUGCAAGUUCCCAUGAAGAUUUCUGGCGGUAUUUGAAUUUUGAGAAUAGAAUGAUAUCUGUACAACAAUUUGAGGACAUGUGCCGGCGAUAUCCAAAUACAACUGGAGUAAAUGUUUAUGGAACUCCUGCUUUACACCCCCUUGCCAUGAAAGCAGUGUGUUCGUUGAGAAAACUUCAGGUUUUAACACUGGGUAAAGGUCAGUUGGCCGAGACAUUUUUCCAAGCAUUGCCGGAUUGCCACUUGUUGAUGAAUUUAAAUAUUAAUGAUGCUAUGCUUGGUAGUGGCAUUCAAGAAAUUCCCAUUCAUCAUGAUGGAUUACGAGAGCUUCAGAUAGUUAAAUGCCGUGUGCUUCGUAUCUCCAUAAGGUGUCCGCUUCUUGAAAUAUUGUCUCUCAAGCGAAGUAGUAUGCCUCAUGCAGUUCUCAAUUGCCCACUUCUACAAAGUCUUGACAUAGCUUCAUGCCACAAGCUUUCAGAUGCUGCAAUCCGUUCUGCAGCGACAUCAUGCCCGCGGUUACAAUCUUUGGAUUUAUCCAAUUGUUCAUGUGUCAGUGACGAGACUAUACGAGAAAUAGCUACGGCUUGUGUAAAUCUGCAUGUUCUUGAUGCUUCUUACUGCCCAAACAUCUCUCUUGAAUCUGUGAGACUUACGAUGUUGACAGUUCUUAAGCUUCAUAGCUGUGAGGGUAUUACAUCGGCAUCAAUGAUUGCUAUUGCCUCUUGUUAUAUGCUUGAGGUUCUUGAGCUUGAUAAUUGCGGUUUAUUAACAUCGGUAUCUUUAGACCUUGAACGCCUGAAGAACAUAAGGCUUGUGCACUGUCGGAAGUUUGUUGAUUUAAAUUUAAGAAGCUGGGUGCUAUCAGCAGUUACAGUUUCUAACUGCCCUUCGCUCCAGAGAAUUAGUAUUGCAUCAAAUGCACUCAAAAAAUUAGUUUUGCAAAAGCAGGAAAGCUUGACAACAUUAUCACUGCAAUGCCAUAGUCUGCAAGAAUUAGAUCUUACUGAAUGUGAAUCCUUGACGAAUGCCAUUUGUGAAGUGCUCAGCAGUCAUGGAGGUUGUCCUGCACUGCGAUCACUAGUUUUGGAUAGUUGUGAGAGUUUAACUGCUGUGAGCCUCUCCAGUAAGACUUUAGUUAGUCUCUCACUUGGCGGUUGCCGUGCAAUAACAUCUCUUGAGCUCAAUUGCCCUUAUCUAGAGCAUGUGUCAUUAGAUGGUUGUGAUCAUCUUGAGAGAGCAUCAUUUUCACCUGUUGGCCUUAGGUCUUUGAAUUUGGGCAUAUGUCCCAAAUUGAAUGUGCUCUAUGUUGAGGCACCUCAGAUGGUUUCACUUGAAUUGAAGGGUUGUGGUGUAUUGUCUGAAGCAAUCAUCUAUUGCCCUCGGUUAACAUCUUUAGAUGCAUCUUUCUGCAGCCAACUGAAGGAUGAAUGCCUCUCUGCUACAACAUCUUUGUGCCCACUUAUCGAGUCAUUGGUUUUGAUGUCAUGCCCCUCGGUUGGUCCUGAUGGACUUUCUUCUUUACGCAGCCUUCCCAACUUGACAUACCUUGAUUUAUCCUACACCUUUUUGGUCAAUCUGCAACAAGUUUUUGACUCCUGUUUGUACUUGAAGGUGCUAAAAUUGCAAGCAUGCAAAUAUCUUAGUGACACAUCACUGGAGCCACUCUACAAAGAUGGUGCUCUUCCGGCUCUAUAUGAACUAGACCUGUCAUAUGGCACACUUUGCCAGUCGGCAAUAGAGGAGCUGCUUGCUGGCUGUAUGAACUUAACUCAUGUUAGCCUGAAUGGUUGUAUUAACAUGCAUGACUUGGACUGGGGCUUUCACAGGCACAAACAAUCUGAAAUGAUCACUGUUUACGAGAAUUAUGAGGACCAACCCAUCCGCCUUCUUGAGAACCUCAACUGUGUUGGCUGCCCAAAUAUCAAGAAGGUGAUUGUUCCUCCUGUGGCAAGGUGUGUCCAUUUGUCGUCAUUGAACCUUUCACUAUCCUCAAACUUGAAGGAAGUUGAUAUAUCAUGCUGCAAUUUGCUAUUUCUUAACUUGAGUAAUUGCAACUCUCUGGAAAUUUUGAAGCUCAACUGCCCAAGACUAACCAGUCUUUUUCUUCAGUCAUGUAAUGUUGAUGAGGAAGUUCUUGUGGCUGCCAUUGUGCAAUGCAAUGUGCUGGAGACACUUGAUGUCCGCUUUUGUCCAAAGAUCUCUCCAACAAGUAUGGUUGCAUUACGAUCAGCUUGUCCAAGUCUGAAACGCAUCUUCAGCAGCUUUCUAACAGCUUGACAGCCGCAAUUGGUGUAUCCCAUCAGAGCAUGGUUUGCAUUUCAAUCUUCAACUACCAUAGCUACUACCCCUACCAUGUAUAUAACUAAUUGUUUGCCUUGGAACUUAAGUGCAUUGAACUGCAAAACCAUAUUCCUGUAAGAAGCAAUAUCAAAUGUGUGUAGUGUGUAUCCGGUACGCCGUAUUGUUGUGUGGUUAGGUUUUCAGCAACCCGAGUGAAGUUCAGUUCAGUUCAGUUGAGGACACAUCUAUUGAUUUUACUUGACCAUUAAUAGUGAAUUCAAUUUA